UUGAUUGUUUUUCAGGGUCAAAAAGGAGAACGUGGCUCAUCAGGAAACAACGCAGGAGGUGUCAUUAAGUUUAGCGAUACCGCUGAGAAAUGUACCGCAAACAUCGCCGGCACUGUUAGCUUCAGUACUUCCCAGAAAUCGUUGCAACUCUGUGAUGGAAGCAAUUGGCUGUCAGUGUUGGCUGUUGGAAAAGGUUACACGGCAGAUAGACCAGGCCGCCACUGUUUGGAUAUCUUAAAUUCUGGUACGCUUAAACUUUGAAAAAAAUUAAGGCGUAAGGCAUUUAAAAGUGACCAAUUGACACUGAUAAGCACCACUUGUACUAACAGCAUUAUAGACAAUAGAACCAAACUCGUUCCCAGUUCCUAUGCAUUGCUAUUUAAGUAAUAAAGGACUGUGGACAGUGAUGGUUGUUGUAGAGAAUACUGGGAGGUACAGAGUAAGUAGCGGCAGGGACUGGGAGACUGGGUAGAAAGCUGUCAUUUAAAGACCCACUUUGAAAUGAACCUAUUAAAGAUUAUCUUCUUAAUCAAAAUAAACAAUCAUUUGAAAUAAUCUUACAAUUACAUAUUAUUUAUGAUCAGGCCAAAGUCAUGGCAGUGGGCUUUACUGGAUUGAUCCAAACGGUGGCUCGACAAAAGACUCGUUCCAAGCCUUUUGCGACAUGGAAACUGAGCGUGGAGGUUGGACCCUGGUUGCCACAAAGGUAUCCCCAGGCUUCGUCUUCAUCAAAUCUGCUUUCUCAACAGUGGCCGCUGCAACUAAGAACAGAGAUGCCGCGAGUCACAUACAUCCAAGCAUGGGGAACUGGAAAGAGGUUAUGUUCCGCUUUGCUGACGUUGAUACUAUCCGACUUAUUUACAACAGAAAGGCGGGCGCACCAAACAAAGACAAGGAGGAAUUCGACAAGUUCUUGAUGGGGAAGUCCAUGCAGUUGAUAAAGCACGUGAAUGGAUUUUACAAGUACAGUCCAGCAGAAAACAAAAGAAAUCCUAGCGUGGGGUUUGCCACCAUAUCCUCUUUGUACUUCUAUUCAAGCCAUGGGAUCUCAGAAGCUCACAGUGGCACGGAUAAGUGGCUUGACAUGUGGAGAGGUGCCGAGAGCUCAAACAACUACAUCUACAGCGAUGACAGCAGGGCGCGGGGCACCAAAUGUAUUGCGGGCUACUGUUAUCUGAACAAACCAAUCUGGGUGAUGGUGCGUUAG